AGCAGUACAGGACAUCGAAAUGUCAUUGCGCGAUUUAUCAAAUAUAUGUUAAGUAGCUAUGCACCAAUCUUUAAUCAUUUUUGAGUGCAUUAAUUUCAGGAAGACGGUUCAUCACAUUUGACAAAGGCUUUGUUCGUACAACCCACCGACAAGGCAGCUUUUUGUAUGCUGACAUUGAGUGCUGUAAUCCGACACCGGAAGACAUCCUUGUCACUACAUGGCAACAAGACACAAACAUGGCGGACGUCCUAUUAUGAUUAGGCUCAGAGUUGGAGAAAGUUGUAACAGAAAAUCUACAAUUCUCUGCCCGCCUUUGGUAGUAAAUCUCUAGGGUGACAAGCACAGCACCUUAUAUUUUUUCGAUCUGAAGGACGUGGAAGUACGAGAACUCGUGGCUGUACUGCGUCGACUUCCUCAGCGAAGACGACAACGAGUUUGACAAACGCUACACGUACCGGGUGCGCUGGAGCGUCCCCACCCGCAGGAAGCCCAUCCCCCGAGCCACCGCAUCUGUCUACUUCACCUACGUCGUCUCCAAGAUCAGGCCAGCGAAUAGCCCUGUGGAAGUUUUCUACGUAUUUGAAACAAACCGGCUCAUCCACAGGCCGGGGCAGUCGCGAUUCAGAGAGAUGUGGCUCAAGGACAUCAUUGAGAGUAAGGUCAAGGUCAUCAACAGAGUGACUUUUUAGGUCCGACGUGCCUGUUUACUAUUCACGAUUGCAUGGUGUACCUCCUCUUUUGUGUGUGUGUGUGUGUGUGUGUGUGUGUGUGUGUGUGUGUGUGUGUGUGAGAGAGAGAGAGAGAGAGAGAGAGAGAGAGAGAGGGGUAGGUAAAGCUGUACUGUAAGGGAUGGGAGAAUCAAAGAGAUUGAGAAUGAUAGAAAGAAUGAAACAGGAAAGGAGAUGAAUGACAGAAGUGAAAUAGAAGCUCGGUGUCUACUUGAAAUGUACAAAGUGGGAGGAAUUUUAACAAAUCAAAAUUCUGGGAAAUGUGAGCCUGCGAUGGAGAGGGAUGGAUGUUUUCCCGUUUAUUGAAUGGAUCCGUGUGUGAAGGAAUAACGUGUGGCUACUGGGUCUGUUGCGUUGAUUCUAUCAAAUGUUCCACGAAGGUUCUCAAGGGGAAAUAGUGGACUUGUAAGUGCUGCCCAAGUGUGUACUUUUGGAAAGUGUGGCUUACUUUGUGGCAUUCACCUCCAGCUGGCAUUUGUGACAAUUUGAUACAUGUAUCUUCAACACCUUGAGAAAAUUAAAAGAAAAACGCUGAA